ACAAGCUCAAAUGGCGUCUACAACAGUUGGCAUAGUAUCUAUCCACCGGGCACCCCAGAACGUGUCGAAAGACACCCUCGAUACGUCGUUGAAGCAGCUCGUGGACACUCUCGUCGUCCAUCCUUUCGUGCAGCAGAACCUGAAGAGGGUCGAGCUGGUGGUGCAGACACCGCACUUGGAGGAGCAUGUCAGAGAUCUGGGUCUGAACGAGGCGUUCCCCACCGCGAUGCUGUUGAUCGACUGCGACAGUAUCGAGAACUAUGUCCAGGUGCUGACCCACCCGGAACUCCGUCGCGUGUUUCAGGCUGCCGAAGAGCAGUUCGGGUUCAAGUCCAACGCGUCGGUGUUCUCCGCUGACGUCGCUAUCCGGCUGCACCACCCAGUCGCCGAGGACGGGAGGCCGCACGCGACCGCGAUGGCGCUCAUCAAAGUGCCCUCGGGCCUGCACCCGCAGGAGCACAACAGCAAUCUCGAUCAGCUGUUUGCCGAGUGGAUCAACGAGCCACAGCAGGGCAAGCAUCUCAGAAAGCAUGUCAUCUGGACUCCGAACGACGAUCUGAAUGUCUACUUGGGCGAGAUGGGUUUCCCUGAUCGCGAGCAUCUCCUGAUUGCCGAGAUCCAAGGAGAGACACUGAACGAUCUCAAAGCGAUAGUGGGGCAUCCGGACUUCAACGAUCUGUUUGGGGGCCGCACCAAGUGGGGCCAUCCGUUCGAGAACAGCGACUGUUUCAGCUCGGACGUGACCACUCGUUUGACCACCGAUGAGAACGGCCGACCGGUUGUGUUCUCCGACAACCAGGCCUGAACAUGCAUGUCAAUCGCGGAGAUUCUUUUCGGACAGUGCGCAGUGUCAGACUGUUGCGAUUUGUUGUUACGGUUGUUGUACUUACCUGACUUGAUGGUUGAAUGUAUCACGUGGGAAUGAGAGUUGAAAUUGUCACGUGUGGGCCAAACAAGAGACAGCAUCUGUGAUAUUGAUUAGUCAGACCUUUGACCUCAACGGCCAAUUGGCCCAAGUGCCAGGUGGGCCAUUGGUUUACCGAUGUGCGGGCAGCACGCGAAGCACCGGAAAAUCGAGCAGACAAUCACAGAUCGCAGUCGUUACUACGGUUCUCGGUACCGCGGCCUGACCACUGACUUGAAACGAGCUCGGCCCGGGUGUGUCCCGGGGGUAUAAAAGCUCAAUAGUUCCCAAUCCCACUCAUCCAACCACUUAAAUACGAACCACCAUGUAUGAAUUAAACAUCACCCCUUUCGAGAGGCUGUCUCUCGAAUUUGCCCGGUCCCCAUUCUUUACAAGAUUGGGCACAAACUACGCUCCGACUGAGCACGAAGUGGGACAGAUCAAGGUCCUCAUACGCGAGUCCCGCACGCGUUUGAGCAGUGUCUCAGAAUUUCCGGCCGACCUGGCUCUGGAGCGAACCCGUCUCACAGCGUUCUUUCUCGAGCACGAAGCGUUGCUCGCGCCCGUUCGACGCAUGCCAGACGAUGUUAUCCGUGAGAUAUUCAUCGCCUGCAUGCCCGAGGACCGCCAUUGUGUCAUGCACGUCAACGAACCCCCGCUUUUGUUGGGUCGUGUUUGCGCCUCUUGGCGCUCACUCGCACACGCUACUCCCCGUCUCUGGUCCAAGCUGCGCAUCGACGUGCCACGCUCCCCGGGCGAGCACGGAUCUGCAGAAGCGUGGGCUGCAUACCGUGCGCAAUGUGCUGCGCGACCCGCGGCGAUCAGAGCCUGGCUAGACCGCUCGGGCAGGCUCCCGCUCUCACUCGGCUUCGACACGUGUGAGGACCAUGUGUUUCACGGACUCCGUGCCACGACGUAUAUCAGCACCCUCGUGGCGUUUGCGCAGCGCUGGCGCGACGUCGAUCUGCGUCUCAACGCAGCCGAGUUGGAGCGGCUGAAGAAGCUUGGUGUAGAAGAUGUACCGACGCUGGAAAGCGUGAGGAUCAGCCUGGGCGGGGGCCGCGUGGAACCAGGCCAGAGCUCGGCCACUAUACAGGGCUUCUGGCAGGCUGGUAACGGCGCUGGAGCCCUCAGCCACUCGGGUGGGCAGAGCGAGAAUUGGGCCGAUCUGAAGAUCCUGGGAUCUUUCCCUUUCUCGCUCACGCUUGCACUCCCUCUCUGUCGAUGCUGCGUCCCCGGAUCCCCCCCAGUCGCACGCCAGGGCAGCCCAAGCCCCAGAGGCUAUUCUCGAUGUCCUGCGCAAGCAACCCCAGCUGCGCUCUGCGCAUCUUGUCGUCAACGACACUCCCUUACCCCCAGAUGCCGAUCCCGUCAUUCUUCCCCACCUGCACACGCUGGAGCUCGGCAUCCGUCGGCCCCGCCACGCAGCACCGCAAGAUCCGAUGGGUCUCCUCGCACUCGUCGAGGCUCCCAAUCUGCGCACUCUUACAAUCUAUUACUCUGGGCCGCAGGAGGCGCCGGUCCCGCGUGUUCCUCAAGCACUCAUCCGGUUCCUCGCGCGUCUCUCUCACCUCGAAACAUCCCACGUCGCAGGACAUCACAUGCGUGCAGCGAGUGUCCAGCGGGCGCUGGGGACGCUCCCCGCCUCAGUCAAGCACCUCACACUCGAUGACCGGGGUGUCAGUGUCUUGAUGAGCCUCUACCACACACACACGGGCGGCCCGCCCCCUUCUACCGACCCCCAGAGGAGCAUGCCGGGCGCGGUCCUGUCGCUGCUGGGAGGCACCCCAACUACUCUCCCCAAUCUCGAGAGCCUGACUCUCAAGGCCCACAGCGUCGUCCAGCUCACCCCGCUCCUCACCCAGUUCCUCAUCGCCCGCCUGCACCUGGACGACACCGACGACACGCAUUCUACUCCCACUCUUCGUUGCGUCCGAGCGUGCCUCGCCCGGCCCAUCGAUGACGCUGCUGUCCUCGGCCACCCACUCAUCCGGACCUACCUCGCCAGCACCGAUACUCCCCCGCUCGUGCUCGACUUGGUGCAGGACGCAGGGCUUCCCGAGCAUCUCAAGGUGCAGCUCAUGCAUACGCACACGGAUCAGGAGCGGCACAGGCAGGAUGCUGGGCCGCAAAUGACGCCCAUUGCCGGACCCAGCCGAGGCAACUGCGACCAGAAUCAGAGCGCGGGCACGAGUUCCGAGGCGAUAGGCUCUUCCGCCUCUUCUGUCACUCAGCAGCAGUGAUUAGUUGAGCGUUGCGAGAUAAGAUCCAACGCGUCUUCUCUACAGAACCCAUGCUGUGUCGUUAGAUGUUUACUAGUAGUAUAUUUGUGUUGCGGUGUCCGAAACCACAUGAGAAUGAGAGUCCGCUUUUUACCCAAUAAUCAGACCACGUAAAUCCAGAUCCGCGAGAAGGUCAGUCGUGAGAUUGCAUGCAUG